CCCGAAAGGAGCUGAGUUCAACAACUCAAGCAUCCCAAGCUUCUCGGCCAGUUCAGCCACCUACAGUCUUGUCUGUAGACGCUGAGAGCAAGAUGAGCAGCAGCAGGGUUCUUCUUGUCAGUGCUGUCCUGGUGGGGCUCGUCACCCUGAGCUCAUGCAGGAGCCUGGGAGAGUUGUCUGAGCAGAAGACCUACUCUUCUGCUCCCAGCUAUGGUGGCUCCCCAACUCCUACGUACGGGUCAGGAGGAGGCUACAAGCCAACGCCAACACCAACACCAUCUUAUGGCACAACACCAACACCAUCUUAUGGCACAACACCAACACCAUCUUACGGCACGACACCAAGCACCCCAAGUACACCUGCCUAUGGAGUCCCUGAAAUUCCGAAGCAUGGAUUUGUUGGAUCCUGCGACUACUGGAAGAGCCACCCAGACAUGAUCAUUGCAGUUGCUGGAUCCCUUGGCAACAUUGGCAAGACUUUUGGUGCUGCCUGCAGUUUGAUCGUCGGCAAGAAGCUUGAGAAUCUGCAUGAUGCACUCUCUAACACCAGAACUGAUGGUGUUGGUUCCCUGCUACGUGAGGGAGCAGCUGCUUACCUCAACUCCAUUGUCAACAAGAAGUUUCCUUUUACCACACAGCAGGUGAAGGAUUGCAUUGUUGUGGCCGUGACCUCUGACGGUGCUGCUUCUGCCCAGGCUGGGAUCUUCAAGAAGGCAAAUGAAUACCACUACUAGGACAUGGAUAUCUCCUGCCUAGACUAUUUCUCUUAAUUGAUACUACCCUUCAUUUCUUCCUCUUGAUGAAUUUUCCUGUAUUUUUUUAGUUUGCCGUGUAAUGUUACCUCUACGAUAUGUUGAUGAAUGUCUUGUGUUUUUGUUGAAUUCUCAUGUAAUAUCAUGCCUAAUAUGUAUUGAUGACUUUAUUGUCGUUUCUUUGGUUCUUCAUGAAAAUGGAAUACCACUGAGGUAUGCUGGA